AUGGCGGCGGCGCGAGGAGAGUACAUGGAUAUCUCGAAUACGGACAGAGGUAGGUUGGCUGAAGCAUUUGACAACCAGCAAGAUUACCUACAGCUGGCCGACACUCUGGGAAUAAACAGAUCUACGGCUAGGUCGAUUGUGGCGACGUAUGUGGACACGGGGAGGGUCCAAAAGCUACCAAGGGGUGGGGCCCGAAAUGUGAAAAUGGAUGUGGACAUGCGCAACCAUUUGGAGAACAUCAUAGAUGCAAACCCACUCCUAACGCUACGACAAAUGAAGGAGAGUCUUGCGCACAACCUCCCUGACAAGCCCGCAGUCUCAACAUCAUCAGUAGCCAGGGCACUGGAUGGAAUGAUGUUGACACUGAAGAUGGCAGAGGAUGUUCCAGAUGCCAGGAACGCCCCAAGGGUAGUAGAACAGCGACUGGAGUAUGCUGAAUGGUUCCUCGAACACGGCGUUUUGGGAAACUGUGUAUUUAUCGAUGAAACAGGGUACAACGUCUGGACCAGGCGUACUCGUGGGAGGGCUCCACGGGGUGUGCCGGCUAGGAGGGUGGUGCACGGCCAGCGAGGUCGCAAUUGCAACGUGACAUUUGCUGUGUCCGCUGCCAUCGGUCUUGUCCACCACAGAAUCGCAUUCGAAACCGUUACCAGGGAGAGGUUCGAGGACUUCCUUGCUGAAACCGUCGCGGAAUGCAACCAGAUGUUCCCGGCCGAUGAACCCAUCUACCUCAUCUAUGACAACGCCAGACCUCAUGUCCGCGCCCAGCUGCCCGACGGAGCCAAUCCCAUCAUCCAGACGAAGCGACUCCCUCCCUAUUCCCCAUUCCUCAACAUGACAGAAAUGACUCACUCCGCCUUUAAGGCCGCCGUGAAGAGGACCUUGGCACAGCCAGCGUGGCAGCUUCGUGUUGGGGACAGGCAGGCAGCUCAAGACGCAGGAAUCAACCUACAUGUACAGCAAUGGCGUUGUGACAUCCUCAGAGAUGCUGCUCUCCAGAACAUUGACGCCAUUACACCCGGAAAGUGUACACAAUGGUACAAUCACUCUCAGACAUACUUGCCAAGGUGCCUGGCGAGUCAACACAUUGACGGGUGA